GUUGACAAUUAUUUGCUGUGACAAAUGUUACGUGUUGACUGUUUUCGGCAGCAUCAUGCGACCUUUGUCGUUGCUGUUGUCCUGGGGUGUUCACGGCGCAAACCAACAAACGUGGCUGCAGCCAAUGCAGCGCCUCGUUCAUGUUUGUGCACCCAAAUAUUACGGGAAAGAAAAAAAAAAGGAGCGACGACUCCACGACGGCUUCUCAACUACACAACGCGGAUGUGCACUCGGUCGGCGCCAACUGCUAAAGCCAGCGAAGCUUGUUCAAACUUUUGUCGAGAAACAGACAAGUUCUUGUGAACUUCACUGAAUGUUGCAAGAAAUGUUGACUGAGCUUGAUCUACUGCGGUCAAUGCAAGUUCCGUGGUAGUCCUGUGUCGUGGUCUAAUCGAGCGUUUGUUGCGCGCAGUCCUUACACGUUCCUUCCCUUCUUUCUUCUUUUUGUUGCUUGCGCAUGCAUCGCACUUACGUGCGCUCCGUAGGAACGAGCCUUCUUUGCAAACUCUGCGUUUCACAAAUUUUCACUUUUUUCUGCCUUAUUACGCACAUUAGACGCAGUCAUCGGGUGUGCAUACGUACUGUGUGACCAAUGCAUGAUAAACCGCUUUCCGGUAACUUGUGAAGUCCGAACCUAAUGUUCAUCCUAGAACCUUUAACACUUUGUGAAAAGCGAGUGUGACUAACUUUUUUAUGGCAUUUUGUGGAAGAGCCACAAAACGACCUCUGUUGCUGUCAGUUUACUGCUGUAGUGUUAAAAAAAGUAACAGUAUGAACAGUGAUCAUCACACACACUUUAACUUGAAGGCUGAUACUUUGCUUGCCUGAUACAGGCCACCCCAAUUAAUUUCAGCCGGUGCAGUUUGCCCACGGCAUCGCUGACCACUCAUAUUUUACAUUAUUUUCUUGUCACAUGCUCAGACUAAUAUUCAAGACUCAUGCAUGUGUACUAAUGACUCAGCUUUUCAUUAAAACAACUUUUCAUUAAUACUUAGACGCACAAAAAGGAUCUGGACAUUUAUACAGUGUUUAAUUAGUUUUUUAAUUUGUGGCACUGUAUGUCAAAAUUUGGCAAAUUUUAUGUUUUCAGCAUUUGUUUUAGCAAAAGUUAUAGUUUAUGACUGAAGUUUAAUGUGCUUAACACAUAAUGGGGUAUCGCAUGCAGUAGAUUACAUUUAAACAUCAUGGAAUUAAUAUCUAAACUGAUAUGCUCAAGCGUCUUUAUACUUCACUCUCAAAUGGAGUGUGACGUUGGCAGUGAUAGGAAUUCAACCCCCAGCUUGAUGCUGAACAGCCGAGAGCCAUAGCCAUAAAGUUACCACGGCAGCUUUGGAGUUGGGGAAAUAAAAGAGCUACGCGCUCUAAUGAUAUGCUUCAGAUGUUAAUGCAUGAAGUGCAUUAUAAAAGCCGUUGUCGCAUGCACUCUACAUUUCUGUUGUGGUUUUCUUCGACUGAAAUCUCUUGUUCACACUUUUCAUUCUUGCAGGUGCCUGAACCAUCUUGUAGGCCAGCAGAAGAAAGCAUAAUAGGAGCAAAGCCAACUAUGAGAAAAAUAACGUUAAAUAUUGGUGUAUGAUCUCGUGGCAUAUUUUUUUCGAGGUGCUGAAGCUUCCACUUUGUUCUUUUAAAUCUCGGGCAUUGUACUGAUGAAACUAUUUCGUCGAGUAUAGUUGCACUUGACAUGAAGAACUUCCAAGACUCACCAUAUUCAAUUGGAAGACAUCAAUUGGAAAUUUAAACCAGUCUUUUAGUCCAUUGCACAACUAAUUUUUUAAAGCACCCUUUUGCUUGUUGCAGUGGCUGUCAGUUGCAAUGUUUUUGAGAACAUGAACUGGAUGAAGUGCUUGAAUGCUAUGUAGAUUCGUAAAAUGUUGAACGACAGCCUGCACUUGGCUGGAAAACGCAGCAUUAAUUGUGCAUGGUUCUUUGUGUCUCACCUCACCUGUAUAUUUAUUUCAAAGUGAGUGAGCGUUGAGAGACAAAAAACCAUGCAGAAUCGAUGUCCUGUAUUUUCUAGCAUUUUCUUUCAUCAAAUUGUUUAUGCAUUCAUUGAUAUUAUACUCCAUUUCAUAAAUCAGGUGCAACACUAUGGAAGCUAGCAAUAUUUCUUGCAGUAGAUGUGUUUGCACAAAAAAGUAGUUCAAUGAUUUUAAUGCGAUAGUGUUAAAGAGCGUCUUUGCAGAAAUUCUGAUGUCAGUUUGAGUGGGACCGAGGAUUCGAACCUGCGACCCCUCGCUCCGUGGCAUGAUGCGUUUAGCCACUCGGCCACCAUGCAUACAUCCUCUACCGUACUAAUUGUGAGCUAUUUAUAUACACGAUUUAGCGUUGGUGGUACGCACAUCUUGGAGGUUCUUCAGCAGCUUGAUUAUCACCCGUGAGAUGGUGCUAAGGGUCCAUGGGGCGCGCUUUUAAAUGGCAUUGCCCCGCCAUGUGGCCGUGUUUCAUCGCGCUACAUGCAUGGAUAUUGUAGCCGGAGGGCGUCCGCACUUUUGCUUUCCUUGCGGCACGGUUUAGGCUUCCACCGAGAAGUGAAGCCAGGCUAGCGAUUGUUAAGGCGAUACUAACACGGCUUGAUUUCGCUAUCGCCUUCUACUCUUGAAAGCGAAGCUCAAGCGUCCUACAAGUUUUACCACCCAUAAUGUGAUUAUUUUUCGUUUUAGAAUGGGGAAAUAAAUGAAGAUGCCAUGUGCCUUAAAAAUAAGCAAACCCCAUCAUUUAUACAGUUGUCAAUAGGUUGCUCUGGACUACUUAGUGUGUACCGUGGCCUCUGUGAUUCGUUCUGGUACCCCGCAGCCGGAACCAAUUGCUGGGGCCACGUUUACAAUGACGAAAUCCAAGUGCAAGAUGCGUGGACUUACAUAUUUUGCUGGCCGAAUUUCUUCCAUAGCUUCCACUGCGUUGCACCUGAUGUGUGAAACGGAGUAUAGCACCAGUUAGCUGGAAGAUGUAAGAAAUGUAAAUGAUGCUGUUAACUUUACAUCCAUUAUAGUUUCUGCACUGAACCGAUUUGUCUCUCUUGCAGGCACCACCAGACGACGGCUAGCUUCUUAUCGGCGAGUAGACAACUCGUCCAUGAGACAAGUGGGACAGAGUGUCUCGCUCACUGAAUCCAAUCAGAGUGGAGUGUGCCCCUCUAGAAAAGUCCACACAAACUAUUCGUAUGUUUGCAGCUAUUGCAGCAAGUCUUUCACUGUUAGUACUAACCUGACCGCUCACCUCCGCACUCACACCGGCGAGAGACCGUUUUGGUGUCACCUGUGCCCCCAGGCCUUCACACAGAAAGUACAUCUUGUAGAUCACAUGCGCUUACACAUGGGUGAAAGGCCGUUCCUGUGCCGCUUUUGCCCCAUGGCCUUUGUGCGCAAGUUACAGCGAAGGUAUCACGAGCAUCGUAUGCACUCGAAACGGACCCAUCUCCCAUCUUUGCCUCCGACAUUCCUCUGUCCUUUGCUGAGAAUGGCAAACUUGACUUGCGCAGACUUUGUCGCCGUGCGUCGCCGCCCCGGCCGACCACCUCUCCUGGACUCUCAGUUGGGAAGGCGUCUGCGGCGGUGCCUCGUGUGCGGCUAUACCACGGCUUUCCACACAAGCAUGCAAAACCACCAGCGCAUACAUACGGGCGAGCGCCCGCACAAGUGCGACUACUGCGGCAAGGCGUUCAUGCAGAAGGGCAACCUGGUUGCCCACCUACGCAUCCACACCGGCGAGAAGCCCUUCCGGUGCCACAUCUGCUCCAUGGCCUUCACGCAGAAGACGAGCCUUGUGGGCCACGUGCGAACGCACACGGGCGAGAAGCCGUUCCAAUGUCGCUUCUGCCCAAUGGUGUUUGCGCGCAAAAUGCAGAUGAAGAGGCAUGAGGUGACCCACAUGUGGUCCGCGGCUGAGGCUGCGGCACAUGCGGCAUCGAGGGAAGGGUCUCUGAUGAACCACUCAAGUGGUUCUGGCUAGAAAACCCAUGAGCUGUCGCGCUAGCUCAACAAGUGAGCUCACUUGUACUGGCUGUUGGGCAUAUCUUGAAUGUGAAUGUCUGGUGAUGCGUAUGUGGUUUGCGGCUGAGGCUGCGGCAUCGAGCGAAAGGUCUCUGAUGAAUCGCUCAAGUGGUCCUGGAUAGAAAACUAGCAUGUUGUCAUGCUAGCUGAACGAAUUCUCUUGUACUGGCUAUUAGGCAUAUCUCGAAUGUUGUCUCGAAUGUGGAAGUUUGAAUGUGCCAGUGAGUGAUGGUGAUUGUUACCAGGUGUGAGCAAAUGCUGGUGGGUGUGAGUGGACAGAAAUGAAAGUGCGAUGGGAGUGCUUCGCUAAGCUACCAGCGCACAAGUGCCACCAAUAUUUUGUGAACCUACGACAAAACGACAUACUUUUAAAAGCUUGCCUUUACACAGGAAUGUAAUCGUUGAGGUAUUCAUGUGAACUAACAGAAUAUGCAAAGAAUUAUCUCAAACAGUUCUUGCCUUCCCGCUGCAAGGAUUAAAUAUGCAAUCGCACAUUACUAAUAAUUGGGAACCUCCUUAUUGUCAGUCUUUAAGAUUAUAAUUGACAUGUUCGGUUGUUCCUGCAGUAAUGAUGAUGUUCAAAUGACUACCAUGGCCAGGAUGAAGUUCUAACCAACGUAUACACUUGUCUUGCGAAGGAGACAUCAGAAGAUCUGCCUUUUUGAUCUGCUGGUGAACACAAUUCACAAAGGUCUUUCUUCAUAGCGUAGAGAGAAUAAAAGCGAGGAGAGGUAGGGAGGUGGCCUCUGGAUCCACCGGUGAGCAAAGGCAUAAAACACCACCUAAAUAAAAGCCUUUAAAAACGUGCAGCGCAUAGACCCUAGAUAUUUGCACAGCUUUAUCAAUAUCACAGUGGUUUAGUAGAUGUUUGUCUUGUGGAGUGCGAAAGUGUGUACCCAGCUCUUGCCUUUGGCGACUGCAUUUUGAUGAUGGUAGAAUGCACAUGCGAGAAGGCUUGGAUGUCGAAACUGGCCUGGGGGUCUCACAGCAUGGUGUCUCUCACUGGUCGGCAGUUGCUCGCAUUCUUACUUGCACACAGUCAUGCAAACACUCGUAGUAUUCAGUCACUUCCAUUCAUACCUGCCGGCACCCACUCAUGCUCAUAGUGAAGUCUACAGUAAUUUGACUGAGCCACUCAAUCCCACACGUACUCCCACUCACUCCCUCGCCAGCAGUCACCUCAUGUAUGUAUACUAACACCUACUGUGUAGUAUCACCAUCACUGGCUCUCAUGAGUACCGAUGUAAAUAGCUUUCUGCUGUUUGAACUUGUAUUCACUCGCACUCUUAUCACUCACUAAUGCUCUAUCAAUGAGCUGUUAAAUCAGUGUUGAGUGAGUGCGAGUCAUCGUACUAUCGGUGUCAAAUGAAACCCGAACAGCAUCAAGCAUUUGCAGUAGUAUAGUAUAUGCCAUCCAGUUAUCAUCAUGGGCAGGCGCGCAUAUAUGUGCAGUGCUGCCGAACUGGAUGCGCGCGCCUGUCAGUGGUGAUGACUGGACGGCGUGCACUAUACCACUGCGAACGUUUGCCACUGUUCGGGUUUGAUUUGACGCCGAUAGUACUUGUGAGUGGAUACAGCGAAUUAUGCUCGUAGGACAUUAAACCCUACCAGUGGUGCAUUCUUCCACCUUAAAGGGAUACUGAACAAAAAUAGGGAAAAGUGACGAAAACAUCGAAAUUCAACUCGGAAGAUGCGACUGUUCCGAUGAACAAAGCUUAUUUAGCAUAUUUUUGGACAGUUGGCUGUAUUUUGGCAAGAUUGUCAGUGCACGGUGGCUGCAUGCCAGUCUGCACGGUGCUGUGCGUUGAUGACCGUGACGUCAAUUGUCUCUGCGGUGGAUGCAGGGUGCACAUUUUCCUGUCCUGCUACUUUCCGCCUCUCAUUUACAUCUCACACUCCCCCUUCCACAAAGGUGCUGAGGCGUGCCCCAUCCUUUAGGGGCUUUACCCCACCUGGGAGCAUUGUUCACUGCCGGUGCCGUUUGUACUUGCUUUAGGGAACCGUAGUGGGAGCGGAGCGGGUUGACAGACGCGGGUGAUGGCUGGCAAGACCGGCAUCCCCAUUUCCAGGGACGUUAAAUGUCACCUCCUCUAAUUCACGGUGGGGCCGCUCGAUGAGGCAUUUUCUAAAAAAAACGCAUUAAGUUUGUUAAAUUCUACUAGUUUCUGCCUGAAAUGAUGGUUGUUUCUACCGAUUCAAGCACCCAAUUUUUCAAUUCGGCUGAAAAUCUUGGUGGCAGACACUUUGUUCAGUAUCCCUUUAAUGCUGCCCUUGUGGACUCCAUGUUAGAACAAAAGGCCUACCUCAGCAUCUGCGUGUACAAGGGUUACAUGGAAAGCCUGUAGUACCAGCCUGCUGCACUUCAACAGAGUAAAUCACAGAAUAGGCCAAAACUAAGUAGUUUUGUGAUGAAUCGUGCAAAAUGUAGAAGGGUCGCAGCCAUGUGGGUUAGCACUUUUAGCUAAACCACAUUAAUCCUCCAUCAUUAAUUUCACUGGAGUCACUUAUGAAGAGUUAAGCUAGUUUGUGCUGGUACACUGACUUUACAUAUUUUAGUACUAAAAAUAUAAUGGGAAAGACUCGGGACAAGAUGGAGCGCUGGACAUGAACUCUGCCUGUUCCCUCUCCCGUUCCCAUGCUUUCCCCGUUAAGGUUUUUAUGCUAGCAAGUACGCCACAAUAAAUUUAUCGUUUAUGGAUAUGAACAAGAUUCAAAUCGAAUAUGAACAAAAUUGUGAACCAUAAAUGGUGUGAAUGAACAAGUUUUUUUGCAGUGUAAAUUUUUUCCUGUUGCCAUGCAAGUGGGUGACCCUGGACAACGACUUCUGUUCCACAACGCUUUCUGUCCUGGUUACAUAAACUACCACAAGUCCAUUAUGACUUUUGCAAAUGUUUGUUUCAUCUCACUAGACUUGCACUAUUAACAAUAUAUAUCUUGAACACACAUUACUUUUCUUCACUUUUCCAGUUCAUUAUGUUCUUGUGUGAAUAGCAUUUCCUCCCUAUGUACACCAAUCGGGCACUUAGCGAAUGAACUGCUUGAGGUUAGAAAAUGUUCGCAUUAAGAGAAGUGGAUUGUAGGAGGGUGGCCUUAAGGCAACCUUUCAAUAAGUCUGCAAGUUGCAGGACAUAUGUAUGAUGUGUAAAAAUAGUGUGUGUUGUGAUUCUUGCCAGACAUAUGGUGGAUGCAUUUUACCAGAUACUACACAAUGAUCCCACGCUCAUCUUGGUUAUGGUUAACUAUGCGCUUGCUGUGGAUUAGUCUAGCGUCCCAAAUAUGCAAAUGCAUGUCGUGUUAAACAUUUUGUCGCGUAAACUUUACCGUGAAGCUUCAUUCUUGCUGUGUGUUUGCAGAUAACGUUCUGUAAAUUUUUAGCGAUUGCAACGGCUCAGAGACUUCGGCAUUACGACGCUGUGCGUGAAGUUGUGGUUGCAUUUCACAACUGUACCAGAAGACGAAAGGUUAUCCAGCUUUGGUGCAUGUGACUCCAGUGUAUCAGAAUUUAACUGUUGCCCAUUGCAACAGUGCCUCUAGCAGUCCCGGUGCAGCUUCUAGGUCUUACCUACCCUGGUAUCUUAGUGUUAGUGCUAAGCUUUUGCGCCACUAAUCACGAGGGUACAAGUUUUAUUCCUGGCCAUCGGCAGGUGCAUUUUAAUAAGGGUGAAAUUCAGGAACACCCAUGUACUUGAACCCACGAACACCGAAGGCACACACUAAAAGAACCCCGGUUGGUCGAAAUUAAUUCGGAGUCCUCCCCACUGCAGCAUGCCACUGGUAAUUAUGUCGUGGUUUCGGCACGUAAAACCUCAUAUUCCCAUUUUUGAGGAUGUUGAACCUUUAUCAGUCAGUCAAUCACAAACUCUGGUACCUCUUUUAAAAGGUGAGCGAGGUUGCCAGUUUUCAGGUGUCCAAAUUCACAGGAUUUCCUUGUACCUCAGUUUGCUGGCUGUAAAAUGGUAUUACCACUAUUGCAUCACAGCUAUUUCUCUUCUUUCAAACUGAAUACAGGGUAGGAACCAGAGCGUGUGAUUUGUAAACAGCUGAUUUCUUUCAAACCCGUUCAUUUUUUGACACCCAUGCAUUAGGUGGUUUGACUGAGCAACACGGCUAGUGUACGAUAGACUGACACUAACUAACAGAAUGAAAAAUGAGCAGAAGUUGUAGAAAAAUAUAUCACAAGCUUGCUUUGAAUGAGUUGCACUCAUUAUGCAGAAUCUAAACAUUUUGGACGAUGAAAUGCUUCUGCUAAGGUAGAGACUUCCCUAAAUGGGGUCUAUCUAAGCUAGCUUUACAGCAUUUUAAAUUCACGAGUGUAAGCGCUCUCAAUGCACCCCUUAUAUUGUAUACAAAGAGGAGGAAGACUAGUGAAACUUGUACGUGCAAGUGUUAGCACAAAAGAAGGCAGUUCCUGCUUGUGCCCAAUGACAUAUUUGAUGUGUAAGUCUCUACAACUAACUGAAUCCUGCAUUUACCAGUAGUCUUAACAGUGGAUUGCUUGUAGGUAUGCAGAUGUGCACUGUUUUGAAUUUUACAUUAUGUCUCUCAUAUUUAUCAAGGUGUAUGCAUUUCGUGGAACCAUGUUUUCUGAGUGGCGCUUGCUUUGUUCCUCUUAAAGCUUCUAGUGACUGCAUCGGCUUUUGUCUUAUGCUGUUGUCUUCACAAGCACAUAUCAGCAAGUGCAAUCAUUUGUUGCUAUGGUUUUCUAUAUAUUUCUUAGUUUUUAAGCUCUUAAUGUGUUCAGCGUCACAAUAUGCAACUUGGCAUUUUUAUUUGUAUGCUAUGGGUUCAUUUUAACCGCCCUCCCUGUGUAAUAAAUGUGGGCCAAUAAAGCAGCUUUUACACUGUUA